AUAAAGCGCUUUUUCUCUGGAGGAAAAAGAGAAGGAAGGAAAGGAGGGGGGGAGGGAGGCAGCUCCGCCGGCGCCAUGGAAGCCAUUUUCGGCAGGAACAUUGAGGAGCACCCGGAGCCCCUCCAAGCCCGAGUGGAAGGAGAGAUUCCAAGCUGGAUGGAGGGGAUUCUUCUCCGCAACGGUCCUGGGAUGCACUCCAUUGGAGAAAGCAAAUACAACCACUGGUUUGACGGCAUGGCUCUGUUGCACAGUUUUACAAUAAAAAAGGGGGAAGUUUUCUAUCGAAGCAAAUACCUCCGUAGCGACACCUAUAACUGUAAUAUUGAGGCAAACAGAAUUGUGGUGUCAGAAUUUGGAACAAUGGCUUACCCGGAUCCAUGCAAAAACAUAUUUGCCAAGGCCUUCUGCUAUCUGUCCCACACAAUCCCUGAGUUCACAGACAACUGCCUCAUCAACAUAAUGAGAAAUGGGGAAGACUUCUACGCUACGAGUGAGGUCAACUUCAUUAGGAAGAUCAACCCACAAACCCUGGAAACACUGGAAAAGGUUGACUACACAAAGUAUGUAGCCAUCAACCUGGCAACAUCCCAUCCCCAUUAUGACAGUGCUGGAAAUGUUCUUAACAUGGGGACCUCCAUUGUGGACAAGGGAAAGACAAAAUAUGUGAUCUUCAAGAUACCUUCUACAGUGCCAGUCAGUGAAAAGAAGAAAAAGAAGUCUUGCCUGAAACACCUAGAAGUCCUGUGUGCCAUCCCUUCCCGCUCUCUCUUGCAUCCCAGCUAUUAUCACAGCUUUGGCAUGUCCGAAAACUAUAUCAUCUUCGUGGAACAGCCAUUCAAGCUGGAUAUACUCAAGAUGGCAACUGCCUAUAUCAGAGGGGUGAACUGGGCCUCUUGCCUCACCUUCCAUAAGGAUGACAAGACCUGGAUCCACCUCAUCGACAGGAGGACCAAAAAAGUCAUAUCCACCAAAUAUUACACAGACGCCAUGGUCCUCUUCCACCAUGUGAAUGCCUAUGAGGAAGAUGACCAUGUAGUUGUGGACAUCAUCUGCUAUACAGACAACAGCUUGUACCAGAUGUUCUAUUUGAAGAACUUAGACAGUCGGUUUGAGAGCAAUGUGAGACUCACCGCCAUCCCGUCCUGCAAGAGGUUUGUGCUUCCUCUGCAAUGUGACCAGGAUUCAGAGAUAGGCUCAAAUUUGGUCAAGCUUCCAUCAACCACUGCAACUGCCCUGAAGGAAAAAGAUGGUAGCAUCUGUUGCCAACCUGAGAUAUUGUGUGAAGGAAUCGAACUGCCUCGUAUCAACUAUGAUUACAAUGGCAAAAAGUACAGGUAUAUCUUUGCUACCGAGGUUAAAUGGAGCCCAGUCCCCACAAAGAUAGUUAAAUUUGACGUUCUGACGAAGCAGAGGCUUCACUGGCAGGAAGAACACUGUUGGCCGGCUGAACCAGUCUUCGUUCCUAGUCCUAAUGCCAAAGAAGAAGAUGAUGGUAUCAUCCUCUCACCCAUCGUGACAUCAGAACCUCAAAAACUGCCUUUCCUGCUGAUACUGGAUGCCAAAACAUUCAAAGAAAUUGCCCGAGCCAUUGUUGAUGUAAAGCUCCACUUGGACUUACAUGGCUGCUUCAUCCCACAGAAGGAUUUGAAAACAGAACAUGAGGGAGAUUUGGACAGAGAAGAAGAAUAAAGCCCGGCUCUGUCUUAUACAACAAUCAUGUGCAAGGCCUGCUGUAAACAAUUGAGAAAUUUUUUUAACCUCCAGUCUUCCGUGGCUGUGGCUUUGUAGUGACCAGAGCUGCUCAAGUAAUGGCAUUGUGCUGGCACAGUGUAUAUGUGGCACUUUAGCAUUUAUUGUUUCAUACUGUGUGAUCCAAGGCCAUCCUGCAUUGUUAAAGAGAAUGCUGCAGAGAUGCCUCUUCCCUCUCACCCCCCAAAAUCUGUGGAAGCAGGAGCAAUAUCUCGAGCACAAAGGCUUUAAUGCCAGUUGCGUAGUGGUAAAUUUGGAAGCCCAACUGUGAUUUUCACCCACUGGCUGUACAUUUGGCCUCUGGUGCAACCAAGUGCACAUCUGUUCCAUCCAAAUCUCCUCCAAAACCCCUUCAGAUACUCCGAAGGGAUGGGGAUAUAUAUGGCAUGUGCAAUCCAUGCUUCUAAAUGGUUCUAAAGCACUUGCAAAACUAAAAUUUUGGUGGUGAAAACUAGGAGAUGCUGGUGCUUUGCUUCUACAGUGUUGCGAAAGUUCUGGUGGUGAAAAUUUCAGAACUCUAACAAAACUUUCAAAAUUUCAUUAUUAUUUCAUUGAUUAUUUUUAUGACAGAACCAAUUAGGAACUGCCAUUUAUAAUGAAAUUUUGAAAGUUUUGUUAGUUUUGUUCAAUCCCACCAGUGUUCACUGGACCAAAUUUGUGCCAAUUUGGUUCAAUUCCAUCGUUGGUGGAUUUCAGAAUGCUGUUUGAUUUUAGGUGAACUGUAAAUCCCAACAACUACAACUCCCAAACGUCAAGGUCUGUUUUCCCCAAAUUUCACCAGUGUUCACUUUUGGGCAUAUCGGGCAUUUGUGCCAAAUUUGGUCCAGUGAAUGAAAAUAUAUCCUACAUAUCAGAUAUUUACAUUAUGAUUCAUAACAGUAGCAAAAUUAGAGUUAUGAAGUAGCAAUAAAAAUAAUGUUAUGGUUGGGGAGUCACCACAACAUGAAGAACUAUAUUAAGGGGUUGCGGCAUUAGGAAGAUUGAGAACCAUUGCAUUAGUGUUUGUCCCUUUAUGUUGAAGCAGUUCCCAAUGCACAGUAUGAAGUAGGGAUGUCAUUACAGGGCCACAAACGGGACAUGGCACAGAACUGAAUAGGAUGCCCAGAUGAUUUGAAGAGUGCAAAGUGAUCUCAAAGUGAUUUCUAGUUCAGAACAACAACAUCCAAAGAACCUUAUUGCACUGUAGGUGCACAAGGUUUGCAGGUUAGUGAGAUGUUGUUGUGGUUCAGAAGUUGAUGGCCCCAUGUCUUGUGCUGAUUUGUGGGGAAGCGAUUCCACUCGUGUGCCUUUUGUUGUCUUCUGAACGAAAACAAGUCUUUCAGGUUUUCACAAUAACGUCUAAUACAUUCCUAUCUAUCUUUACUUUGCAGUUACAAACAGCCUUGUGAUAGGGAACCAAACACAGGCUUGCAGCAAGGGUUGACCUUGUCCAAGGGAAGCCUGGGUUGUGCUUAAGGGGGACAGUGUUAACGCUACAUCACUUUGCACAACCCACACACAGUUUUGCCACUUCAUCUGCUGGCUUCUGUGAAUUAUGCCAUCAUAAUUUCAAAGCAGCCUUGAACUAACAAAAAAAAAUUGACAGUGGUUUUGAAAUACAUUUAUACUGUCAUGCAUACAACUGUGGCCAGUAUGGGGUUCUUGUUCUCUUUGUGGUGCCAAGAUCUAUUGCUGCAGCAUAUUUGUGGCAGCAUUAGCAAAGUAUUUGAGUCUCUGCAAUGUUUUUGUGACUGUGAGCUGCUUGAGCAAGCGUGUUUACAACGUGAGUCACUCUUGCCUACUUUUAUGUAAUCUGCUCAUCAAGGCCUUGCAAAUGCCAAACCAGAGGGGGGGAAACCCCUCAUUAAUCUCGACUUUGUCAGAAUUGUCAUUGUUUUAGGAACAAUUGUCAUCUGAUUUGGGUGCUUUUAUUUCCUCCAUUCAGCGGUCAAAGUGAAAUGUCAAAUCAAGGUGCUAAAGAUAUUUUUUGACCAGAUAUUUAGAUGUAGCUUCUGUUGCUGAAAUGAAUCUCCGGGGGCUUUUGAAGGAAGACCGUUCGCUGGGAAAUAAUCAUGCUUUGUUUCAAAUUCCGCGUGUUUUGUGUAUUGUAAAAUUAUAUUUUGAUUAUAUGCAAAGCAAGCCUUUUUUUAGUCAUUCCAUUAUGUUUGUUCUGUGAGAACAUCUAAUACAGCAUUUCUCAACCUGGGGUUUGGGACCCCUGGGGAGGGGUCGCGAAGGGGUGUCAGUGGUGUUGCCAAAGAUUGUCAGGAAAUACAGUAUUUUCUGUUGGUCAUGGGGGUUCUAUGUGGGAAGUUUGGUUCAAUUCCAUCGUUGGUGGGGUUCAGAAUGCUGUUUGAUUGUAGGUGAAUUAUAAAUCCCAGCAAUUACAA